AGUAUAGCUUCAACUAAUCAAAUCCAAAUCAGCCGAUUAGCUUCCUCCUGCCAUCCUUCCGGUCGCCGCCGCUGGUCCAUCGCCAUCCCCUUCCUCCCUGCUCCACCCCAGACCUCACCUCACCUCCCCCUGCCUGCAUCGCUCCCGCUUCUGUCCGGUUUUCACGCAUCGGUCGUACUCCGGUGCCGUACUGCCCUCUCCCCCCACCCCCACCCCACCUUCUUUCCUCGGCGGGCGCUGCGCCGAGCGCUGGCCCCGCGAUUCGGCCGUGGCGCGCGUCAACCGCACCGACGCGGCGGCGCGCCUCGACGCCCUCCGGAAGCUCCCGUGCCCUGCGCGACGCGGCGCGGGGUCGAGGGCCUCGCCGCGGAGGUCCUGUUUGGUCCCCCUCCUCCUCGUCGCCGGAGCUACUCAUGUUGGACCCAAGAUCGGAAAUCUACCCCACCAUAGAGUAUCGCCCUAUACAGCCUUCCGAUCUCGAGGUUCUCGAAAAUAUUCACCUCGCGUUGUUUCCAAUAAGGUACGAGAGAGAGUUCUUCUUGAACGUAGUCAACGGUAAUGGUAUCAUUUCUUGGGGUGCUGUGGAUACCAGCAGAUCGGAUGACCGCAGGGAUGAGCUGAUAGGAUUUGUAACCACGAGAAUGAUUGCAGCACAAGAUAGCGAGAUUGAGGAUUUGUUUAGGUAUAACAGCUCGCGCAAAGGUCUGACACUUCUGUAUAUCCUGACACUCGGUGUAGUGGAGAGCUACAGAAACCUUGGCAUAGCAUCUUCAUUGGUCCGAGAGGUGAUUAAAUAUGCUGCAAGUAUCUCAAAUUGCAGGGGUGUUUAUUUGCAUGUCAUUUCAUAUAACCAGCCUGCUAUAAGCUUUUACAAUAAGAUGCUAUUUAAGCUUGUCAGACGACUUCCACAGUUCUAUUACAUAAGAGGGCAGCAUUAUGACUCGUACUUGUUUGUGUAUUAUGUCAAUGGGGGCCGAUCACCUUGCUCACCGCUGGAGGUCAUAACUUCAUUUGUUGUUGACUUCAGGGCUUUCCUGAAGAUGGUGGUUGCCAAGUUUUGGAACAAAGAGGACAGAAGUACACCCAGAUGGUCCAGAUGUAAGGAGUCGACUACUCUCUUGGUAUCCCAGAACAACAAGAGGAUCGUCGGUGGUGAAAACACGAGAUGUCAUGUCUAACCUUAGGUGCCGCUGGGAUGUUAUUUUCUCUCGUUUUUGUGGAAACCACAGUUUGUUGAAAAACAGUAGCUUGCUACGUUGUUGUAUUUGAUACGUUAGCAAACCAGGUACAUAAUUUCUCGAUAGUCAAUAGUCACAUUCAUUUGUAAAGAGAGGGAAAUAAAUGUCACCUGCUUCUUAUAAUAUAGCCCCAUUCAAUUAUGUGACGUUUUGUUGAUCAUUAAAUGAAAGUCUCCAGUGGAAUUUAGGGGGUGCUUAGUUGGGUAAAAAAAAUUU